GUCCAAAAUAUAUCUCGCGAGCUCGCACUAUGAAGUUCAUGAAGUUUUCAAGUGUUUAAGCCAUAAAUCUGCAAAAACAAGUCAAAUAAAUAUAAAAAAAUAUUAGCCAUAUUUCUCUAAUAUACUUGUGUGUUUAUAGUAACAGAAGUUUAUAAUUAUUGCUAAACAAUGACUUUAUUUUGACUGACAUUUGAGCAUCUCAAUUUGUAUAUAUUUACUUUUUCUAUCCAAUAGAAGCAAUAUCCACAUAAUUCUUUUAAACAUGAAUACAAUGAAUUAUCCAUUUAUAUCCACAUAUAUAAACUAUAAAUUUUUAUAAAGUUUCUCGUGAUCUGUACAAGAGUACAACCAAAUUAUGUUUAUUUAUGUGCUGAUUUUUAUUUUCAUAACUUAGUCAUUUUACACAAUGAACACCCAAAUUUGUGUUAACUGCCACAACAAAAACGCCAUAAACCAAACAGAUAAUCGCCUGGUCACUGAAAGAUGUGGCCAUGUAAAAUGCAUGAAUUGCCUGCUGCAAGAAAAAUCUGGAUGCAAUGCUUGCUCCGAUAGCAAUGGUGUUCAAAAAGAGAAUACCAGUGUGGAUAACAACACAUCCCAAGAAGAAUUAAAGGCACAAUUGCCAUUGGAGGUGGAGCUGACAGAAUUGGAGGAAACUAAGAAAAUUAAACCAGAAACAACACACAUAAAAGUUGAAACAGAUGCAAAUGGAGUCAGGUCCUACAUUUGUACAUUGUGCAAGAAGAAAUUUCAAUCCCGCACGCAUGUAUCCUACCAUGCAUAUUGCAAUGGACAACGGAAGCCCUUCCAGUGCUCAGAUUGUAAACAGAGUUUCGCCACGCAAUCCCACUACAAGUACCACAUGCGGGUGCACCGCAACGAGAGGACGCACUCGUGCGACGUUUGUAACAUGAGCUUCAUACAGAUGUCCAAACUGAAGAGGCACAAGUUGAAACAUACGAAAGAGAAAAUGUUUUCCUGUACUCAAUGCAAUAAAUCAUUCAACAACUCCACCGCCCUCCGGAAGCACACAUUGACGCACACCGAGGUGCGGCCGUACGCUUGCGAGGAGUGCGGCCAGAAGUUUCGUGACAGCUCCAAUUAUAGGAAACACAUGGACAAACAUAAAGAGUCACGGUGGUCGUGCAGUGUAUGCGGGCACAUCAGUGAAACACGUCCCGACGCUGAGACGCACCUGCUAACACACAACGCUACCGCUAACAACGGCACCGUUGCCACUGCCGGUGCAGCGUCUGGUACUGGUACGGGUACGGGUACCGAAACAGAUGUCGUAAUGGGAGGCGACGCGGGUACCGUUGCGGUUGUCAAUAACGGUGCGAGUAACGGAACCGGUGCGGGUACCGGUACGGUUAUGGUUGCGGGCACCGGUGUGAGUUUGGGCGUUGUUGUGGCGGUGCCUCUCCGCCGCCAGCAUCAGUGUCCCCGCUGCCCGCAAGCUUUUCACUCGAGGAAGGAUAUGAGGAGACACGCCGCCGUGCACACAGAUACCAAACCGUACCGCUGUAAAUUAUGCGACCGCCGUUUUAGACGAAAAGACAACCUAGAGAGGCACAUUCGUAACACGCACCCAAAGUACGUGCCCGCCACGGCCGUGGAUUGCGACGAGACCGCGCUCAAAAAGAUGGCCAACGGCGACGCGGACCUACAACCGGACAUCUCGCGCGAAGCUUACGAGAAAAAUGAGAAAACUAAACUGGAAAUUCUCAACCCCCUCCCGCCGUUACCGCAGGACGUCAUCCAAAAACACAUCAGCGUAACCACAGAUAAGAACAAUGACGUCACGUCAAACGUCAUAGACAAGUUGUCUAUACUAGAAGCGAACAACGCGCGGCAAAGUGUCAUCGUCGAGAAACGGAACGCGGACGUCGAGAAGAAAGUGCCAAGCCCGGAGAAUGAGUAUGUUCAUAAAAUUAGGAAAGCCACGAUACCGCUCCCGCCGAUUGACCAGGAGAAAUUUCAGAACGUAAAGCGAGGGUUCUUGCCGGACAGUAUCACUAUGGCGCCAAUAAAGAACGUCGAGAUUUACAAGAAAAUAUUGUAUGAGAAAAUCGAUAAGGAGCCAAAUGAAGUCAUACAGAAUCCGAAGAUGCACUGGAGGCGAAAGAUGGAGCAGGAUAUCAAUUGAUUGUAAAGUUAAGGCUGCUAAGAAACGGACUGCUGUGCAUCUUACAAACUCAUUUUAUAUUUGACCACCUUAAUUAAUUACUUAAUUCUGAUUGUAAACUUAUCAUUGUUUUUUUUUUAAUUAUAAUAUUCUAUAUAAUAUACAUUAUGAGAAAGACAAAAUAGUUAUAAGCUUAUGAAUUUUUUUAUAGGACUCUUUAAUUUAAUGUAUAUGUUGAAGCAAUACAAACGUAAGUUUUUAGGAUAUGUGUAUUAAUGAAUGUUACUAAAACUAAUAGACUAAUUUUCCAAAAUAAAUUGUGGAAUAAAAUAAUGAAACAUAAAUGAAUGUAUACGCAUAUACAUAAAAAUAUCUUUAGUGUGAUGCUUGUCUAGUUUUGUUUAAAUAAUUUUAUGAAUGUACAUGAGGUCUUUAUAGUGUAUUGAAACAAAAAGGAAUGGUGAUGAUGAUGAUGAUGAAAUAAUUAUUUUAUAGGUGCCAUUUUAAUUCAAUAAAAUUAUAAUUUACAAAGUCAUGUUAUAAAGUUAGUAAGUUAUGUUAAAUUAUAAUUUACUAAGUUAGUAUUGCGUCAACGAAAACUUGUUAAAAAUUAAUAAAAAACAUACAUAU